AUGGAUUCAACACCAAUAUCUUCUACGAUUGACCAAAAUCAAAAUGAAAUCAAUAGUUGUACCACAAUUGAUAUGCUCAAAGAUUGUUCAUCAUCAAAUAAUAAACUUAUUAAAACAUCAGAUAAACAUGCAAAAUUGCUAUUAGAAAACUUAAAUUUACUACGACAACAAAAGCAAUUGUGUGAUGUUAUUUUAAUUAUCGGACAAAAUCAAAUCUAUGCUCAUCGAGCCAUUCUUUCAGCAUGUAGUCCUUAUUUUAAAGCGAUGUUUCCUGGUGAUUUAAUUCAAAGUCAACAGAUGGAAAUAACUAUUCAUGAUAUUGAUUAUUGUGCAAUGGAUUUAUUGAUCAAUUAUUGUUAUACAUCGAGAAUCAUUGUUGAUGAACAAAAUGUACAAAUCUUAUUACCAGCAGCUUCCAUUCUUCGAAUUGAUGAAGUUCAACUGACAUGUUGUGAAUUUCUACAUAAACGAUUGAAUCCAAAUAAUUGUCUGAGUAUUCGUGCAUUUGCUGAAAAAAACGCUUGCCAAGAAUUAUUAAAUCUUGCUGAUCGUUAUACGCAACAACAUUUUCUUAACGUCAAAGAAAGUGAAGAGUUCUUAUUCUUACCAGUGAAUCAGUUGAUUGAUAUACUAUCAAAUGAUGAAUUGAAUAUUGCUUCGGAAGAAGAUGUUUUUCUUUGUGUGAUGAAAUGGGUCUCAUAUAACGUGGAGCAAAGAAAAGAGUAUUUAUCUAAGAUCUUUGAGCACAUUCGAUUUCCAUUGAUGUCGGCGCGAUUUCUUGUGAAUCGCGUUAGUUCAGAUCCAUUGAUAAAAGCUGAUCAAAGGUGUCGUGAUUUGGUUGAUGAAGCAAAAGAUUAUUUACUAUUACCACACGACCGAUUGAAUAUGCAAGGACCUCGAACUAAACGACGAAAACCAGUAAAAUCAUGUGAAGUUCUAUUUGCUGUUGGUGGUUGGUGUUCUGGUGAUGCAAUAGCCAGUGUCGAAAUGUUUGAUUCGGAAACAAAUCAAUGGAAAUCUGUUGCAUCGAUGUCGAAACGAAGAUGUGGAGUUGGAGUUGGUGUUCUUAAUAAUCUUCUUUAUGCUGUUGGUGGACACGAUGGUGUUAGUUAUUUGAACAGUGUUGAAAGAUUCGAUCCUCAAACGAAUCAAUGGAGUAAUGAUAUAGCACCGACGAGUUCAUGUCGAACAAGUGUUGGCGUUGCUGUUCUUGACGAUUACGUAUUCGCUGUUGGUGGCCAAGAUGGAAUUUCUUGUUUGAAUCUUGUAGAAAAAUAUGAUCCAACUAUGCAACGAUGGACUCGUGUAGCAUCAAUGAGUACGAAACGAUUAGGCGUUGCUGUAGCUGUUCUUGAUGGUUAUCUUUAUGCGAUUGGCGGAUCGGAUGGACAAUCACCUCUCAACACUGUUGAAAGAUAUGAUUCGAAAACGAAUAAAUGGAUAUCAGUAGCGCCAAUGUUAACACGUCGAAAACACCUUGGAUGUGCUGUUUAUAAUGGAUUCAUUUACGCAGUUGGUGGUCGAGAUGAUACAACAGAAUUAUCGACAGCUGAAAAAUAUAAUCCGAAAACAAACCAAUGGACAUAUAUUAUUUCAAUGAACUCAAGGCGCAGUGGAGUUGGAUUGGCUGUAGUGAAUAAUAAUUUAAUGGCAAUUGGUGGAUUUGAUGGAACAUCAUAUCUAAAAAGUGUUGAAUUGUACGAUCACGAGAGUAAUUGCUGGAAAAUGCAAGGAGGAAUGUCUUAUCGUCGAUUAGGUGGUGGUGUUGGUGUUCUUAAAGUUCAACAAUAUGACUUGAUAUUUUCUGACACAAUAAAUCCGAAUUCUUCUCUAGAUGACGUCAAAAAUCACUCACUUUCACAACUUGUCGACCUCUGA